AAAGUCCCUUCUCCCCCCACCAAAUUCCCGUCGAUAUUUACCGGAAAAUCUUGCGCGGAAAGUUGGCAUAUUUUGGAGCAUCCAAAAAAUCAAGACACUGUAUAGGCCUGAAAAUCCACUCAUUCUCCGUCCCAGGUACGGAGGAAACCAUCCGGCAGAAGAGGGGACCGGCGUUCAAGUCGUAAGAGAGCGUGACAGAUGAAGUCGGCUACAACAAUUGCUUCCAUUUUCAUCACCUUAAUUACGAUUUCCUUUGAGAUCGUCAACGUUUCUUCAUCGUCGCCUCUCUUACAUGAAAACCAGGUUUAUGAGGAAUCUGCUGGUGGAAGACAUAAUAAACAUGAACAAGAGCAUGCUCAUGAAGUACAUUGCUCAAGAGAAAGAAGUAGGGCGGCUUCAAAAAUAAUUGAGGAGUAUUUGGUGCCAUUCGUCGAACGAGAAAACUAUCAGCUCCCAGAACAGUGCAGACUUCAUCCCGACAAUAAUAUAUUCAGGGAUCAGGAAGAGCAUAAAAUUCACAUAGAUAUAAAUGAGUGGCGGUGUGGAUAUUGUAGGAAAAGCUUCUAUGCUGAAAAAUUUCUUGAUCAGCAUUUUGAUAACAGACACUACAAUCUUCUAAAUGUAAGUCAUGGCAAAUGCUUGGCUGAUUUAUGUGGGGCCUUGCAUUGUGAUGCGGUGAUUUAUACCAAGACCUCUAAAACCAAGUGUAAUCCAGCGGCUGCUGGGAGAAAUCGUCACCUAUGCGAGAGCCUUGCAGAUAGUUGUUUUCCCUUGAAUGGGGGCCCCUCAGCAAGCCGCCUUCAUGAAUUAUUUCUGCACCAAUUUUGUGAUGCUCACACCUGCUCAGGGAAACAGAAACCCUUCGUUAGAGGUGGCAGGAAGCAAAGGAGUAUCUUCUAUUUGGCUGCGGGAGCAUUGACCAUGGUGCUACUUCCUGUGUUUUAUCUUUUUGUUUAUUUGGUACAAAGAGAUAUGAAGAGUAGAACUCAAGAGCUUCGGCGAAUUACAAAAGUGGGCCGAAAAGCAAAACCAUCAUGAUUGGUAUUAUUCAUGCCUUUUAAAUGGUUCCGUUCUGGUCUUGUGCGUGACAAAAUUGGCUGGACUGUUGUAUUAACUUCUAAAUAAUGAGGAAGUUGGCUUCGUUCUUACAAGGAAUUGGCCAAAGAAAAGGUUGGGGGGGGGGGGGUUUGGAAUCUCAGGACUUUAUCAAGUUAUCUUGCGACUCAAAUUAGUUGGGAAGUAAGAUAACCUGAACUUUUGAUGGGUUAAGUUGCAGCUGUGUUGUUUAUUUAUACCCUUUCUGAUCUUUAGGAUUGGUCCUUUGGUCUUGCUUUUUAACCGUUGGUGUACGUCAUUUGAGUUACAUGACCAAACAUAAAUUAGUUGACCUUUAUGAUUUUUAAUCGACUGCCAUAGGUUUAUUCUUGUUAUUACUGUCCACCCAAACAUGUUUCUAUUUGCUGCCUGCAGGGGAGGAAUUGUAGAGAAUUCUGGUUGAGUGUAGCUGAAAGAAAUCAAACAUGGCGUUGGUUUAGCCACUCUUCCUGUGCUGAGUUGUAAUAUAUGUUCUGUUGUUGUAAUGCUGCUUUUCAUUUUUUUUUUUAUGCUCUUUGCAAGUGAAUGAACAUUUGUCUCAUACCUUGUAGUUUUGGAACAGUACUAAUUUAACGUAGAUCAGGGGUUUUUUUUUUUUUUUAACACCUUUAGCAGAAUGAUGCCAUGUAAAAAUGAUUAGGUGCCUUUUUAAGGUCUAUAUACGGUUUUCUUUCUGAAAAA